AGGCCAGAAGAGCCCGGACCCGGAGCGCGCUGUGGCUUGUGGCUCCGGGGAGGGAUCGCCGGGGAGAUGGCCACGGGGACAGACCAGGUGGUGGGACUCGGCCUCGUCGCCAUUAGCCUGAUCAUCUUCACCUACUACACCGCCUGGGUGAUUCUCUUGCCGUUCAUUGACAGCCAACAUGUCGUCCACAAGUACUUCCUGCCCCGGGCCUACGCUGUCGCCAUCCCACUGGCCGCUGGCCUCCUGUUGCUCCUGUUUGUGGGAGUGUUCAUCACCUACGUGAUGCUGAAGAACCAGAAAGUGACCAAAAAGGCUCAGUGAAGGCCCAGUGGGGCUGAGGCUGCCGGCCCUUCCUCUGCCUCCCCUCCAAAGGUGGGGGCACAUAGGACGCAUCCAGGCACCGCGGCCCCCCUCAAGCCUGGCUGCCCUGAACACAUCCUGGUGGGAUGGAGCUGUUUAGGACUGACCACACAGGCCUGCUCCUCCCCUGCUCAACCUUCCGGAAGCCAGGAGGGAGGAUUACUUGGAAGCCUCCCUCUCACCCCUUUCUGGCUCAGGGCCUGAAAUAUGCUGGUUGUCCCCACCUCGCCUUCGGGCUCCCCGUCACCUUUUCCUCAGGGUCCCACCCUCUUGUUUCACUGUCCCUCUUGUCACCUGCUGAUGUUGGACUUGGCAGGUUCUGAGGUGUCAUGUGACCUUUCCCCACACGUCCUGCUCCUCAUCAGAGGCAGCUUUCCCAGGUCUGACACAGCCCCAGGCCCUAGGGUUACCACCAGGCCUCGGGGCACAUUAGGGUGGCCACAGGGGGCCCCCAGACCAACUGCUCCUCACAGAGGCCCAGUCGCCCAGCCCUAGCG